UAGGGUCCAGCUUAGCUGAUUUCUCACUUUCAGUUCCCAUUUUUGCCUGCUGAAGCCGACAUUGCGUGUUUCUCAGUGUAGCAAUAGGAAAAACACAACUUUUAUCACAAGCUGUAAAAGUCAAGACUCUCAUGCUGCCUUGUUUACAAGAUGGAUGGCUUUGUCAUAACGUCUGCAUCCGAGGAUGCUAUUCCACAUGAGCCGGAGAUUUAUCGACCACCUGUUGACCUGUACCCCUACCUGAACGUGGGGGAGAUUUACGAAGACCACAGAUGGCCGUUCCACUCUGACCGGGUCCAGCCGGCAGACUUUGAGGGUUCCCCCGUGAAUCACCUGACGGAGCUGCAGGCCGUGUCUCCUCAGCAGCUCAUUCAGCCGUUCCCCCUCAGCAACGAGUCUCUGCACCUUCACUUGGAGACGCCACUGGCUCCGCUCACCCUGUCAUCACAAAUCCCAUAUUACACCCCAUCCCUCUGCUACCAGUACCCAACCCUGGCCUCACCUCGACGUUACUACUCAGAGGAGGACCAGAGAGCCGUCAGUCCCCCGCUGCAAGUGUCAGAGGGGGAGGAUGAGUAUGAAGUUUACAACUGCUCAUUCAGGAAAGACCCAGGCAACAAGAAGAAAAUCCGCCUGUACCAGUUCCUCCUGGACCUGCUCAGAAAGGGCGACAUGAGCGACAGCAUCUGGUGGGUGGACCAGGACAAGGGCAUCUUCCAGUUUUCCACCAAACACAAAGAGGCUCUGGCGACCCACUGGGGGAUCCAGAAGGGAAAUCGCAAAAAAAUGACCUACCAAAAAAUGGCCAGAGCCUUGAGGAACUAUGGCAAAACAGGAGAGAUUAAAAAAGUGAAGAAGAAGCUCACCUACCAGUUCAGCGAGGAGGUGCUCAAAAACCUCUAUUUACGUCACUAUCAUCACUGAGGAGGAAACAAAGGCUGUUUGUUACAAUGAUCAGAUCACUAAAUUUCCCAAAAUGAUGUUUUACUUGUGGAUUUGCAGGUUAUAUUUGUCCUUCUGACAAUUUUUUUAUUUAUUUGAAAUGACAUUUUGGCAUUUAACAUCCACAUACACCAUUUCAUUUUCCUCUAAAAGUGGUUUUUUGUACAAGAAUUAUUUUUUUUUUGUAAAAAAAACACAAUGUAGCUGUUUAAAUAUGUAAAUAAAUAUUAAGCUGUGUCCUUGACGUUGAUAUACAGAGACAACUUAAUCCAAAAUAUGUUAAUAUUUGCUUGGCUGGACGUGGCUCAGGAACUUUUGAUUGUCAGAACUUGGUAUCAAAACACUGUUUUGUUUGUUGUAUUAAAGGAAAAAGUACCAAAAGACAUAUUUAAAUGCACAGAUACUAGAGUGCCCUGCACAAAAUAUUCAUACAACUUGAAGUCUUUAACUCUUCGUCAUGUUACAGCCACAAACUCCAAUGUAUUAUUUUGGAAUUUAUGGGUUAGGACAGCAUAAAGUUGCACAAAAUUGUAAACAGGAAGGAAAUAAAUAUCCAACAAGUGUGGCUUGUAUUUGUA